GUGCGCUCUACGGAUCUACGCCUCAAAGCUACGCCGCUACGCCUCUGCGCUGUCCGUCGCACUUACGUUCUUCCGAUUUUGCUUUGUGAUUUUAUGUUAAUUUCACCCACUCGCAACACCCGAUGGUAGGGAAGUUCUUAUCAAGUCGAAACAUGUGAUCGAAGUCCCUGAAGUGGCUCGUGGCUCAGUGUAUGAUCGGUUCAAAGGGUCGCAACUCCGUGAGUGCCGUAGCAGCUUUAGUCCGUGCAUCUUCGCGCAUAGCCCUCAGUUUGAGUUUCAACAUGACGACUUUCGAAACGUUGAAGUUCGACAACUUGGCGUUACGGCGGUUGCCGAUCGACACAGAAAGUAGGAAUUACGUGCGCACGGUUCGCGGAGCCUGUUUUUCGCGAGUUAUGCCGACUCCCUUGAAGUCUCCGGAGAUGGUGGUGGUUUCCGAAGACGCGAUGCUGCUACUGGAUUUGGACCGCGCGCAGUUCGAAAGGUCGGACGCAGCCGAGUACUUCUCCGGAAACAAACUUCUCCCCGGUUCCGAACCGGCAGCGCACUGUUACUGCGGCCAUCAGUUCGGCUACUUCUCUGGACAGCUGGGCGAUGGUGCCGCCAUGUACUUGGGUGAAGUGAUCAACCAGAAAGGAGAACGCUGGGAGAUCCAGCUGAAAGGAGCCGGUUUGACGCCCUACUCUCGAUCCGCUGACGGCCGGAAGGUGCUCCGAAGCUCCAUACGUGAAUUCCUCUGCAGUGAGGCAAUGCACCACCUUGGCAUUCCUACUACACGAGCAGGGACGUGCAUCUCGUCGGAGACUCUGGUGUCGCGCGACAUGUUCUACGACGGACAUCCCAAGGAUGAGAAAUGUUCCGUCAUUCUUCGUAUUGCCCCUACGUUCCUCAGGUUCGGAUCCUUCGAGAUAUUUAAGACAUUGGAUCAGUUCACGGGAAGGGUGGGCCCAAGUGUCGGUCGGAAGGAUAUUCUCAUUCAGCUGCUUGACUAUUCCGUCGAAACCUUCUUUCCAAAGAUCUACCUUGAGCAUGGCAAUGAUAAGGAAAAGAUGUACAUCGAGUUCUUCAAAGAAGUGAUUAAGAGCACUGCAUCUCUUGUUGCUAAAUGGCAAUGUGUGGGAUUUUGUCAUGGUGUAUUGAACACCGACAACAUGAGCAUCCUGGGCUUGACACUCGAUUACGGUCCUUUUGGUUUUAUGGAUCGGUUUAAUCCCGAUCACAUCUGCAACACAUCAGAUGAUGGGGGAAGGUAUACCUACAUAAAGCAGCCAGAAAUUUGCCUUUGGAAUUUGAGAAAAUUUGCGGAAGCAAUACAGGGGGCUGUACCACUUUCAAAGACACUUCCGCUGUUGGAUGCAUAUUCUCUGGAGUAUGAAACCUGUUUUCUGGCAGAAAUAAGGAACAAGUUUGGACUCUUUCAGAAAGACCCAGCAGAAGACAAAGUGCUCAUCACAUCCUUUUAUGACGCGAUGGAGGCUACAGGAGCGGACUUCACACGGUCAUUUCGAUGCCUGAGCACCCUGUGCGUGCCUGGCCACGACCAGCAUGAAUCCAGCAAGGAUGCCCUGAAGGCAGCCUUACUGUCCUGCUGCAGCACACACAGCGACCUGAUGACUCACUUCAGGACACUCUCUAGCACAAGGGACUUCCAGUUGUUCCUCAUACUGUCCCAGUCCAACCCUGAGCUCCUCGAACAAUUGGGAAAAGGGGUUCUCGCAAAGGAGAGAAUCAUGGCACAGAUUGAAAAGGGAAAAGAACUGAAGGAUAUGACGGCAGAGGAGAUGGAGAAGAAGAAUGCCCAGGUGUGGACAGAAUGGAUAGAGAAGUACUCGAGAAGACUCGCUGCUGAGGCUAAAGACCACAGUGACUUGCAGGGGUUGCAAGAGCAGAGGGUGCAGUUGAUGAACAGCCAUAACCCGAGAUUUGUACUGAGGAACCAUGUUGCGCAACGAGCCAUUGACAUGGCUGAAAAAGGGGACUACUCUGAAGUGCACAAAGUGCUCAAGAUACUGCAGCAUCCAUACUCGGAUAACCCACUCGGCCUGAAAGUUUGUCCAGCAGAGUUUGAUGAGGGCUUCUAUGAAGGACGGUACUCCCUGAGUGCUGCUCCACUGAGGGUUUCUUGUUCAUCCUAGGAUGGGAAAGCGGAGGUCGGCCAGGGAAGCCGGCAACUUGGUGCCCAGCUCCACCGGAGGCAUCAGGGCCGCCACGCACGAGUCUGCCUCCGUGCCAGGGUCACCGCCGGGCCCCGUGGGCAGCCGGCGCCCCGCCCGCGACACAUCCGCCUCGGCCGCACGACCUGCACCCAGCACCGGCCCAUUCGUAGGAGGCACCACCAGUGCUUUCGAGGGCAGCUUAAUAAACUGUGACUACCUCGCAA